AUGCUGGAUAUUGCUCAAGUUUACACACUAACAAUGUUCAUAAGAUUAACAAUCGAAGUGCUGAUUGGAUACUUAACGUGCAUUUCUGUCAUCAUUCAAUGCUCCAAAAAGAAAAAACCAGUCACUACGGCUACUCGUGCUUCAAAGCAGUUGGUUGAAGAAUCGACAAUGGGUCCGCCGCCCAAAAAGAACAAACAGAAGAGCAAAGAAAAGCAAGUUGUGGAGAAGAAAUCAGCAGACGAUGUGCUGAAAUCUCAACAAAAGCAGAAGAGUGUUGAGAGUGGUCCAGGGGAGAAAAAGAAGUCGAAGUUGAGUAAGAUUUCGAAUAAGAAAUCAGAUAAAAGUACUCCGUCUGAUGCAAAAGAGUCGGGAGGACAGUCGAAACCGAUGGACGGAACACAGAAUGGACCGACACCGAAUGAUGAAACUGGAAACGGCUCCUUGAAAAAUAUUGGAGAUCUCCUAGUUAUGAAAGCUGAAAAUUGCGGUGAAAUGGAUGUAACGAUUGAAGAUAUCGAGACUCCGGUGAUGCAUGAUCGUGUCGUUCGAGUAGCUGCUACCGAUAUGAUUUUCGAUCCGAAACAGGUAGCUUAUAAAGGAUGCGUCGACAAUGACAAAGAUCCAAAAGAAGUUGAAGAUUUGGAAAAGGAGCUUCAGGCGGCUUGCGCAAAGCAUGAGCUUCGCUUCAAAAAUGUUCGAAAGAAUGAAGAGAAAAAUCCAAAUGCCAAACUUCCGAAAUCUCCUGAAUCGGAGAAAUCUACUGAGAAGAGAGCAGCACCAGAUGCACGUAUCAAAAUGAGACCAGAUCAAUGUGUUCUCUUUGAGACAAAAGAGCAACUAACGGAGGAUGACCAGGAGGCGGAGGAGCAGAAAAAUGAAGCAAACAAAGCCCCUAAAUGA